CCCUUUUCCUCUCUCUCCCGGGGAAGAGCUAGAGCAUAGUCCUCCCUAUACAAAAGAUAAGAGAAAUUCAGUGAGAAAGCUUUCAUGGCGUCUUUGCUAACACCACUCAACCAGUCCAUCUCAACUCUCCGACCUCGUUCUCCAGGGCUCCUGCCAAGACACAACCUCAUAAAAACCCAAAAUCUCAGCCUUCCGGAGAGACCCUUUUCACCAAAUUAUAAGCCAGCCAUAGGCACAAAAUGCUCGACAGUCUCGAGUUUAAUCCCAGAGUUGGAUGAACCUUCGACCCUAGUUUUCGAGGAACAGGACCGGCCCCUUUGUGAAAUUUGGAAGGAAAUUCAGGGCAGCAAUGACUGGGAAGGCCUUCUGGACCCCAUGAAUUCCCACCUCCGACAAGAAAUCAUCCGGUACGGAGAAUUCGCACAAGCUUGCUACGAUUCCUUCGACUUCGAUCCUCACUCCAAGUACUGUGGCACAUGCAAAUACCGAGGAGCCAAUUUCUUCGAAAAGCUCGACAUGGCAGACAAAGGCUACAAAAUCAGUCGGUAUUUAUACGCAACUUCAAACAUCAACCUCCCCAAUUUCUUCCAAAAAUCCAAGAUGAGCAGCGUUUGGAGCACGCAUGCAAACUGGAUGGGCUACGUGGCGGUUACCACCGACGAGAAAGAGAUCAAACGGCUGGGGCGGCGCGAAAUUGUCAUUGCAUGGAGAGGCACGGUGACGUUCCUCGAAUGGGUAUGUGAUCUCAAAGAUAUUCUCCACCCGGCGAACUUUCGUGGAGACCCAUCGAUCAAGAUAGAGUCAGGCUUCUACGACUUGUACACCAAGAAAGAGGAGAACUGCAAGUAUUGCUCAUUCUCAGCUCGUGAACAAGUACUAGCCGAAAUCAAGCGGCUUCUGGACUACUACAGAGGAGAAGAAAUAAGCAUUACAGUGACGGGGCAUAGUCUUGGAGCUGCUUUGGCUAUCUUAAGCGCUUAUGACAUAGCCGAGAUGAAGCUUAACAUUGUACGUGAUGGUACUGGUUUUGCGACCAAGAUUCCCAUCACGGUUUACUCCUUUUCGGGUCCUCGAGUGGGCAACCUCAAGUUCAAGGAAAGAUGCGAUGAGCUCGGAGUUAAGGUACUGAGAGUGACAAAUGUGCACGACAAGGUGCCAACUGUACCUGGGAUAAUUGCAAACGAGAAAUUCCAGUUCCAGAAGUAUGUAGAGGAUGCUAUGUCAUUUCCAUGGAGUUAUGCUCAUGUUGGAGUGGAACUUGCAUUGGAUCACACUCAGAGCCCGUAUCUGAAGACGAAUAAUGAUCUUGGUUGUGCGCAUAAUUUGGAGGUUCAUUUACACUUGGUAGACGGCUACCACGGGAAGGGACAGGAGUUUCGGUUGGCGACGAAGAGGGAUAUAGCCCUAGUCAACAAGUGCUGUGAUUUUUUGAGGACUGAAUAUGGGGUACCUCCAUAUUGGAGGCAGGAUGAGAACAAAGGCAUGGUCAGGAAUGGCGAAGGACGGUGGGUUUUGCCAGAAAGACCCAGAUUGGAGGCACACCCACCGGACACGGCCCACCACCUUGAACAAGCACUCAGGAUUGCUACCUCUGAUGAGAUCUGUGAUUAAUGAAUCGUGAGAUGCCAUGCACGAGUUUUGAUGGAUGGGAAAGGAAUCAAAAUGGCUAGUUAUUGCUGGAGCUAUAAUGUUCACUUGACCA